AUGGCGGCCAUGAGUUCCAACGGUGGGGCCGACAAAAACGCGGUGUUUGUCAAUGAGUUCAAGAAGGAGCUGACGAAGGAAAUUAUCGAGAAGGUCGCAACCAAGGAAUUAAAAGCGCAAAGCCAGAAGAAGUUCGACGGUACCACUGGUAAAGUAAUCGAAAACAGCAAGGAGACUCUCACAGUCGACGUUUCCGGGGUGAAAUCUAUCGGUUCCUCUCAACCAGCAAGUACCUUCCGCGGGAAGAUGGACUUUUCUCUCCCAGAAAAAUCGUCCGCGACUGCCACAACGGAUUGGCAGAAUUUGAUUUUAGACUCCGUUACGAACCAACCAACAGUUGCCGGGGAGGAAAAACUCGCGAAGAUUGUCCAGAAGGGGAUUGCGAACGGGUUAAGCGAGGCAACCGGGAUGGAAAUUGCGCACGAGCAGGUGUCGGUUUUGUUCUCUCCGGGUAGCAUUUCGUUGUACGCGCCGUCGGUGACAUAUGACAUUCCGGUGACGAUUAUGCAAUGUAAAUUUCCUGUACAUGUACAAAAUGCAUGACAAAUUUCGCUAACUUGCAGUGUCCAACUUGUCAUGCUAGACUAGGACUGAAGGCAAGUUUUGUCAUGCAGAGAUUGCAUUUGUACGUAACGUGUACGGUACAUUUACUGUGGAUAACGAUUCCGAAGGCGCAGUGGUUUUUGAAGGAUUCGAUUGACAGCUUUACCCCCUACUUGACGAAGAACAUGCAGAAUGCUGUGGAAGAAGAUCUGAGUGAAAUCGACGUUACCACGCAAAACGCCGAUGGCACAUCCACUACGACGAAAGUCGCGAUUUCCAACAAACCGGACAUGACAAACCCAAGCACCAGCAACUUGAAGACGUUUAAGGCCGCGCAGAAGUCCGCUCUGUCGUUCGCUCUGGAACUAGAACUCAAAGACGGAACUUCGUCCUGGCUCCCGUCUAGCGAUGGUAUGUUAACCCUCUGGAUCCAAGCAGCAACAAAAACCGCGGUUGGGGCAGAUCUCGGGUUGACGAAACCAACAGCCAGCAACGGCGCGACCAUCCCGGAUGCGCCGGAAGUGAAGAAUUCGGAGAUUCAGAUCGCGUAUUUAGGGAAGGGGUUGUCGGAAACCCAAGCGGCGCAGUCUGAUCCGAACGCGAAAUUGGAAAAGGCGAAAUUAGCUGUUUUGAUAACCGUUCCGAUCUCCGAAGAGCAGACGUAUGAUAAGAAAUUCUCCCAAGUCGCGGCUUCGUUUGCGGCUAAUAAUGCUGCGGACAUUGUUUCGAAAGUGAAGCAAUCGCUUGUUUCAACUUACAAUUUGGAAUUCGAAUCCAAAACGGAUGCUGGUGGGAAUGUCGUCGCGGGGGAACCGAAACUAUUGCCAGUGAUUCCCCAGUCUGAUGACCCGGCGUAUUUGGAUUUGGUCACGACGACGGACAGUUCGAGUAAAACGGAAGACAAUUUGCCGGUGAAAAAAUUGUUAGCCGGGAUUUCCUCCGCUCUGGAUUCUUCUUCCACAGUGUCCAUGAAGUCCAUGACGAAGCGAGGUAGUAGCUUUAUCGAGUCUGGGUCGAUCGAAAUCAAUUUGAACCAGCAGCCGGCGAAGAAUUUAACCACCGAUGCGGUUCUCCCCGGUCGAGUCGCUGUCGGGCCGGAUGAUAAAGAGUACUUAUCAUCUUCCCAAAUCCUCUCCGAUGCGCAGGUGACCCGGAUUUUCAAGCGGACCGUGACGGAGGCGCUGAAACUCACUCUGUACAAAGAGGUGAUAACCAAAGCAGAAGAAAAUAACGAGAAGGUGGACCCUACCGCGGUGUUCGCAGGAUCUAGUUCUGGUACAAUCACCGAAGACCAAAUCGCGAUCACUUGCUCUCCGGGCCGAGGUGGGGCGACGGAGAAAAGGGAGUUCAAGGUAUUAGUUUCUUCGAAGUUAUCCGCGGAGGUGAACACGAUUGUUACCAACGCUUUGACGAAAACGACGGCUACUGCGGCGACGAACACUGUGUUUAAAGAGAAGUUGGAAGAGCAGUUGACGUUAGUGGCGGAAGCGGCGAAAUCCAUCAACGCUUUUGUCCCUGCGGCCAAAGCUGUUGGAAGCACAUUAGAUGCGGACGGAAUUUCGUUGAACAACGUGGUGGAUGAAACCAAUUCUGCUGCCGCUGCGUUCGUGAAGGAAAUCUUCGGGACUGGUGAGGGGAGUACGAAAUCCUUCGCUUUUUCCUCCACUACCUUCGAGGACAACAAACCCGCAAAGCAAAUGUCCGCGACAGUGUCAGAGAUGAAACUCGCGAAAGUUGCGGUGGAUUCGGCGGUGACAACAGUGGAUGAUUCCAACGGAAAUACCGUGACGAAGCAGACCGGGCAACAGUCCUUCACGCCAGAACAGUACUCGGCUGCGGUGCAGAAGGCGGUUGCGGCCUCUCUCAAAGACGCAGCUGGCUUCGACCUCCAACCGGAGCAUGUGGUUGUGGACUUGUUGACCGAUGUGUUUGCCGAUUCGGAGGCAACGGGGGAUAGUACUGAAGAAACCGGCAUCGCGAUUUCCGUCCCGUUCGCCACGACCCAAGUGCAGCAGAUGUUAUCGAACAAACCCACUCCUGCCAGGGAAGCGUUCCUGAAAGUAUCAAAUGUAAAAAUGUCUGGGUCUGGAAGAAUGCAUGUUUGUCAUGCUUGUCUGGCAUGACUCUUAAAUCUGUCAAGCACGUUACCCAAGAGCUCCAUUUUUCUGUGAUGCAGAAGCGCAGUUUGUCAUGCGGAAUUGGCAACACCUAGAAGCUCAGAAACUUGUCAUGCUGAGCCAGCACUUGUGGCCUCAUCAUGAGACGCCACACAGCAUCACAAGUUUCCAGACCCAGACAUUUUUACACUUGAUAGAAAGCCGUGAAGAACAACUUGAACACAGUGCUUUCUACUCGCUUGUUAUGCAAGAAAAAAACUGUGUAAGUGUAAAUCUGUGAUGCAGAAAAUGCAAAACUGUUACAUUUGUCAUGCUUGACAUGCAUGAGCGGCUCCCUUCCUAGGUGUUUUCCCUUCCUAUCUGCGCAUGGCAAGUUUUUCCUGUCAUGGCAGACAAACUUGUGAUGCAGUUUUCCCAAAAGAGUUACACUAACACAGUUUUUUUCUUGGAUACUUGUCUGGCGGCAAAGCGGUGCCGGAAACAGCACAAGGGCUUGCAGAUGAAUCCGCGUUGUUCAAGUUAGAAACAAGUGAAGUGGAAGUGGCGAAAACGGUGGAAUCUACCGUCUCCGUCGAGUUGCCGAAGGCUUAUGCAAGAAAAAAACUGUGUAACUUUGUAAUGCAGAACAUGCAACAGAGUUACGUCUGUCAUGCCAGACAACCAUGAAGUCCUGUUUUCAUGUGUGUUUUCCCUUACAAGCCACGCAUGACAGGUUUUCGCUGUCAUGUAGAGCAAAUUUGUCAUGCUGUCAGCCAAGGAAAGAGAAAGUUACACUAACGCAGCUUUUUUCUUGGAUAAGGCUUUGACCGUGAGUUCCACUGCGGCGGAUGGGACGGUUACGACCUCCCAGGAGAACAUUGUCAUGACGGUGAAGGCGAUUGAAGCGCUGGUGCAGGAUUCUACUGCGAAAUCCAUCGCGAAGAAUCUGCUCGCUUCUGCUGGUAUUACUUCUCCCACCGCGGAACAGAUAGCGGAGAAAAUGCCGGCGUCGGAUGUGCAGGUUAAACUGGUUUUAACCGCAGCGGACGGGUCGUCGAUUCUGACCACUUCUGAUCAGGUUUCGAGCAAUUUGGAGGACGCGUACAAGCCGGGGUUUGAAGUCGUAAAUCUCGAUCCAGCAAAAAUGCCACUGCAGUUUGUCGUGUCUGUCCCGACUAGCUCGAAGAAACUGACAACUUCCGAGAUGGAUAAGAUCACGAAAUCUUUGUCCAAAACCGACACCACCGGGGAAAACUUGAAAUUUCAAACUGAAUUCCAGAAAUCGCUGCAGCCAUUAGUCACCGGCGAGGACCCAAAACUUAUCGAUCAAGCAACCCCUCUGAUCACCCCGAAAGUGGAGCAGGACACGCCGGUGGCUUCGCCUGCAAGCGGGCCGAAAACGGAUUUGAGCAAAUUGGAAAUUGUGCCUGGCGGAGUGACGUUCGUGGAGUCGACGAUUUCGUUCGAAACAGCAACCCCCGGGCAGUACACGGCGGACGACAUUAUCGCGAGUCUGAAGCCGCUGUUCGUACAAGGGACGAAUAAAAGGCUGAAAUCCUACGCAGAGGAUCAGAUCGCGGCUGCUACCGUUGUGGACACGGCGUUGUUGAAAGGUGAAGAGAAACCCGACGAGGAGAAUUUUCUCAAAUCCGAGGACGUCGCUUUCACGUACCUGUACAACACCCCAACCAGCUCUGAUCCAUCUGUCACAUCCGUCGACCGGCAUUUCCGGAUCACCAUGCAGUUAAAAUCCGCCACGACCGCGACAAUCGGCCGGGCCAUGGCUUUGGUUUCUCCGGACAGAACCGCAGUUGCCGGGAAGAAGGAAAUUUUGGAAAUGAUGAAGGAUUUGGCGGAAGCUGGGACGGACCAAGCGGUGAAGGAUAAGGUUUUACCCAUGAUCAAUUCCGGGAAAGUGAAAUCCAAACCAUCCCAGCCCGCGCAAACCCAGGGGAAAAUCAAACUGGAAUUCUCCAACGCGAACUCAGCGACUGUGCCGACUGAUUUAGCGACCGUGAAGAUUUUUGAUUCUACGAAGAUCCCGGUGAAAAAAGCGAUCGCUGUUGCUUUGAAGAAUUCUGGCGCAGCUAGCGUCAAAGAGGAGCAGAUCUUCUUCGACGUCUAUUCUGUCGUUGCCGGUGGGGACAGCACGAAACAAGAAAUCGUCUUGAACGUCGCGGUUCCCGCUGUCGGCCCGGAGGUCGCGAAAGUUUUGUCCGUGUCGACGGAUCAGGUGACUGUGGAUGACUCCAUCGCGAGCAACCCGGAGGAAGUGGAAAAGGAGUUGCUGAAAAGAAUCGACUCCGCGCAGGGGGUGACGGAUUCAAGUCGUUCUUUGGACUCUCAGAUUUUCUCCAAGCUGUUGAAGGACACUUUGAAUUCGGAAUUACAAAUAAUCGCUACCUAUGAAACGCAAAAAUGUCUGGGUCUGGAAACUUGUGAUGCUAAAAUGUUCAUGAUGAAAACACUUCCGACUGCAGUCCGGCAUGACAACUUCCCAAAACGCUUUCUCAUAGGCAAUCCCAAAACGCUUUCCGCAUGACAAAAGAGGCUGCGACUUUUGUUGGUUUUGCAAUACAGAUUUUCUAGGUAUGGAAAGCUAGCAUUACAAGUUCCAACCUUCCAGACCCAGACAUUUUUACAAUCCAUACUACCGCAGCGUCCGCAGCCAACCCCGAGUUCAAUAUCGCGAAGACCCAACCGGAGGGCAACGUGGUGGAGAGGAAAUACUUGGAAACAACUUUGAAAAUCGCUCAGAAUGCACAGGGAACACAGUUAACCCAGGCGGAUUUGUUGCCUAUUAUGCAAAACGCGAUAUCCUCUGCUUUGACCACCGCGGUGGCGGAAUCUGAUUUGGUUCAGAACACCGCAGCGGUGAAGGCUGUGCUCGAGAAGGAAAAAUCUGGUGCGAGUUCUUUGUCCGCGUUUGACGAGAAGUUGAAAUCGCUUCUGAGCUUUUCAAACAGCAACGUGACCGUUUCCUUCCCGAAAUCAGCGGAGGACGUGAAUGAGGUGAAAAUUUCCGUCCCGAUUGUUUCCGGUCCGGACGUGGACGUGAAAUUGUCUGAAAACGUGCAAAAAGCGAUGGAGAACGUGUUAGAUCCGACCUCGAAGGAAUUCAAGGACUUACUCCCGUUGAGAUUAGAGGUUUUGGGUGUGCAACUACCACCCCCAGACCCGUCGAAUCCAACACAACCGGCGGCUUCGUCCUUUGUCGUGACGGAAAAAGCGGUGGAAACGCCGACGAAAGCGACGGUUUCGUCCCCAGUGAAAGCGGAGGUGGCGUUUGUCCAGGCGGAAUUGAAGUUUGAUUUGGAUUUGGCGCAGUCUGCUGCUUCUUCCAUCGAGACAACGGAGAAGUUGGAAGAAGCGGUGAAAAAGGCGAUUGAGAAAUCAAUAAAAUCCGUCGUCGAAUCCGCAGUCGCGAAAGAGAAACAAUCAGCGAUCGCCGCGAAAGAGCCCGGUGCGGAGACGAAAACCAUCCCUGGCGCGGAUUUGGUUUUGGGGGAUGCAGCUACUGGCUCAGGUAAGCCGAAAAUCACUGCUGUGGUUUCCAAAUCUUCCUUCGGGAAAACCGAGAAGAAGGUGUUCUUGACCAUUCAGGUGGAAGAAUCCCAAGUCGCGACGGAAAAGUCGGAUGGAACGGCUUUGGUGCAGCAGUUAUUCACAGCAAACGCCGAGCCGUUCAACACGGAUUUGGUUCAAACCUUCAAGGAAAAAAUCCAAGAGGAGUCACAAGUUGUCGUCUCCACUCCAAAAUCCGUUGGCUUCGCGAAACCAAGCAGUCAGAUUCGCGGGGUUGCGAGCUUCGCUACGCCGAGUGGUACUGCUGCUUUGACCGCCACCCAAGUCGAGGAAUUAGCCGCGAAGUCGAUCGCUAAGGCUUUAACAACCGCAACGGGCACGGUUUUGAACGAAAACCAGGUGAACAUUUUAGUUUAUCCAGGUACAGCGGAGUUGAAACAGCCAAAAUUCAGCUACGACGUUCCGGUCACGGACAGCAAGGUCGAGUGGUUUGUCCAGGAUGCGGCAACUUCCUUCGCCCCCUACGUGAAAACUGCGGUCGAUGACGUUUUGGUGGAAGCGAGUUCUUCUUCCGAUCCAAUCGUGAAAGCGAAAUUCAACGGAAUUACUGCGAUUGAAGAGUCGUCGAUUAAAACAGUGGAGCGGAAGGAGGUGGAAGCGGAUUCGAGCAAAUUAGUUUCUUCCAACUCCGAAGAUGUUCUCGGGGAGAACGUUCUCGGUACGAAGAUUCUUUCUUUGGUUUUGAAUCUCCCGCUGAAAUCUGACGGUGCCUCGUCCUGGCUGCCGGAUAGUGAUGACAUGAUGAAGACGUGGAUGCAGGAAUCGACCAGGUCCGCGAUCAAGGCGGUCUUGGCUUCUAACUUCAAUGAAGACUUGGUUAACAGUGAGGACAUCUCCGUCGCUCUUACGAAAAAACUGCCCAAGAAGAACGACCCGAACAUCACGGCGGUUGUGGAUCUACCAGUAAUGGUCUCGAUCCCGAUCCAGAAACGGGCAGCAACUUCCGCCACAACCUUCACGGUAUCCACAGUAAAUUUCCUGUACACGUACAAUGCAGUCGCUGGAUGACAAAACUUGCCUUCAGUCCUAGUCUAGCAUGACAAGUUGGACACUGCAAGUUAGCGAAAUUUGUCAUGCAUUUUGUAAAUGUGCGGGAGAUUUGUAUUGCAUACACGGCGUCGCAAGUCUUCACUGCUUUGUCUGCUUCUGGUUCUGCUUCUCUCGUUAUGACAGUGCACAACUCCCCCUUGCCCUCAUUUGUCAUGCAAAAAUCCAAAUCCAGUUGCUGCCUUGUGGCACUGUUUGCAUGACAAAUUUCGAAAGCCCAAACAGUACUGAGGAAGGUACAUAAGUUUGUCAUGCACAGGGUCCACCUGUGCUGGUGUUUGUAAUGCUGUUGAUGCCAUACGAACGAGGGGGGGGGAGUUGUGCACUCUCAUACUCGUCACCAACAUCAAACAAUCGUUGACCACGGAUUACAAUUUGGAAUUCGACACAACCAAUAAUGCUGCUGGGGUAACUGUCGAAAUACCCGCUGAGGAGUCGAAGGAUACGAAAAUCGCGCCGGAGAAAUCCUUGAUCGAGGGCGGCAAAGCGGUCUUCAUCGAAGCUUUGAUGGACGCUGAAGUGUCUUUCGACGUCGAUAGUUUCGUCCAGAAAUAUUUGAAGGAGAAAAUGAAUAAAGACAUCACGCAGACCGGGGUGAAGAAAACGCCAACAGAUGUUUCCGCAGCAUUAGCAGCCCAUGACACCCUUAUCGCGGAGAAGAUCAUGAAGAAAUCAGUUUUCUCCGCGAUCAAAAAAGCCUGCCCGCUUUUGGCUUCUGGCGAUGACGUGAUCUUUACCGAGGAGAACGUCGCGACGACCGUUUCUCCUUCUUCCGGGUCGAAAAAAGCGGAUGGUAGUGGGGCGAAAGAGACCAGGACCGUUUCGAUUGUUCUUCAUGGUGAUUUCUCCGCUGCGGCGAUGAAGGAGGUCUUACAGGCGUUUGAGAAGCCGGGGGAGACUACAAGCUCCGCUGGUUCUACUUUUACUACCGAGUUCAACACGCAGAUGCAGUCGAUUUCUUCUUCCACAAACGUGACUGAAGAGCUGAAGAUGUCCACCAUUGAGUACAAGGAGAACGCGAACCGCGAGCCGCCGAAGCAGAUCGCGCAGACAGAAUCGGAGAUUUCCUUCACGAUGUCGGAAGCCGCUUCUAACACUGAAGUGCAGAACUGGGUGCAGACCGCAGUAGCAAACGCGAUGAACGAGGCGGCGGGGUUAGAGAUGACGAAGACGCACGUGUCGGUGCAGGUGAAGACCGACACGAGUAAACAACCAGUCGUGAAGAUUUCCGUCCCGUUUGCGAGCAAAGUGGUCUCGGAAAUGUUUUCCUCAACUUCGAAGUCCAAAGCGAAGGACAGAUUUAUGACAUUAGUGAACGCGGAAUUAACGAAAGCGGCUCAAACGAAAAAAGACGGCACAGCAUCUAAUAUCAACAUCUCCCCAUCUGGUGUCGCGAUUCAAACAUCGGACGCGAAAGCAACGAGAUUCCUCGAAACGGAAGUCGAACUGGCGGUAGAUCGGUCCGGUGGCGCAGCUACGGCGAACAAAGUGCCUAAUGAAGAAGCUUUGUUCGCGUUAGCUCAAACUGCUGUCGCCAGAUCCUUGAAGAAAGCGGGUGUUACCGUUGAUCCGAAACAGGUUUCCAUCCGGUUCAUCUCCAAAGCGGCGGACGCGGCUGAUGCCACUGCAACCACUCCAUUGACCUACAGCUUCAAGAUCACCACCGCCGUUGAUGAUUUCACCUACACGGAACAACAGCAGAAGAUCAUUGAGGACCAGUUCAGCAAGUCCAAAGCGGUGGAGUCCGCCGCUUUCGUCGCGGAAUUUGCUUCGAAUCUGAAGACUCUUGGUGUCGCGGACUUCGCGACGACCCCGGAGGUGAAGAAGGAAGUGAAAAAAGCGGCAACAAGUGCUGAGACGGAUUUAACCCCGAUAGCGGACACAUUGCCUGGGGGGAUUGCGUUUGUGGAAACUAGCUUCUCGGUGGAGACGACGGAUUCCACGACUUACAGUGCUGACCAGCUGAUCGAAAAAUUGAUUCCCGCGAUGGCGAAAGCUUCCAGCAAAACUUUACGGAAGUUCGUUGCCGAUUCCGACCCGGUGAAAUAUCCGAAUGGGGUUUCCGACGUCCCUGCGGCGGUGACAGUGCCGGAAACGGCGGUUGGGCUGGUGUUUUUGUACGACACGCCGGUUGCAGCCGGUUCUGCAGCGAGAAACCGGAACUUCAGACUAACAGUCCAGUUGAUCGAGGUCCCGGCGGGGGUUGCGGGGAACAUGAUGGGGGUGACCAGUUUGAACCGGAAUGAGCUGUGGACAGAGGUGACACAGCUCGCGACCGAUGGUGACGCAGCAGCUCUCCCGUCUGACAUUACUUCUCCAAAGUUCAUCGCGGACGCGAAGCAAGCAUCCCAAACCCAGGCGAAGAUCAAACUCACUUUCGACAACGCAGCGACGCCAGCAGACUUAGCCGCGCCAGGCGUCCAAGCUUCCAUCAAGGAGGGCUUCGCCCAGGCGUUCAAGGAGGCUGGUGGGGCGCCGUUGAAGAAGGAGCACGUGUUCAUCUCCAUUCACGAGAAAAAUGCUGCUGGAACCGAGUACACGUUCAACUUCGCGGUGCCGACAGUUUCCCAAGCUGGGACGGCUUUGGUGAGUCCCUCAGGAGGUACCGACGGCGAGAUUUUCGGCUCGAUUUUGAAACAGAAGACCAACACGCUUUUAACUAACGCUGGGGUUAGUUCGUUUGCCGUCACGACGAUUGCGAAUACGGAAGAAGCGGUGGAAAGGACCUAUUUGACCACGAAAUUAUCCUUACUCCCGCAGGCUGGGGGGAGUGCGAUGAAACAAGCAGAUUUAUUACCGAUUCUGCAGAAGGGGAUUGGGAAUGCGUUGUCGACGACCACGACGGAUUACGUGCCUUUUACCAGAUCCAAUAUCACCGUUUCCUUCCCGCAGGACCCGAGUGAUGCAACUACUGGUGGCGGCACUUCUGAAGUCAUCAUCUCCGUCCCGUUCGUCUCCGGUACGGAAUACGAUACGACCCAAAUCGAGAACGCAAAGAACCAAGUGAAAUCGGUUUUAGACCCCACUUCCGCAGACUUCGCGUCGAAACUCCCAACGAGAUUGGAGGCGCAGGGAGUCGCUUUUUCCGCUCCAUCCGAUACGGAUUUAGCGGAGCUGACCAAGGUUUCCGAACCCGCGGCGCCGUCGAAACCCGCAGCGACGGUUUCGACGUUGAAGUCCCGAACUGCGUUCGUCCGCGCGGCGAUUUCCAUUCCAUUCGCCGAUGGUGCGAACGAAUUCUCGACGGUGAAGAUGGAGGAAAUUCUAGAGCAGGCAAUUGCAAAAACCAUCGCGGAAGAUAAGAAUGUGUUAGAGGCCGGGUUCGGUGAGGCAGAUCUCGUCAAGCCAGAUCAGGUCACUUUGGUGAUGUCCCAAGCUUCCGAGGGGAGGAAAACGAAGGAUUUCGAGAUCACGGUUCAAAUACCGGAGACAGAAACUUCUUCCCGCGUGUCCGCGCAGAUUGUGUCGAUUUUGAGCAAGAACAACGCGAAAAACACGGAAUUUGCGAAGUCCUUCGCAGUUAAAGCGGAGGAGAAAUUGGAGGAGGAGUUACUCGCAAGUGACACGACGGGGACGCUGACGAAAGAACUAGUCAAACAAAAAAUCAACUUCAGCAAAGACGCAACCACUGGCGUACCACUCGUCGCGUCGAAAACCGUCGCGGCGCCGGCGUCGCAACUCAAGGGUGACAUCGGGUUCGCGAUAAAUGCUGGGGAAGUGUUAACCGAUGAGCAAGUCACCACUGUCGGAAAGAAGGCGAUCGCGGCCGCUUUGACGAAAGCGACCGGGACGCCGAUUUCCCCCGAGCAGGUGUCCAUCAUGGUGCAACCAGGUUCCGUAUGAGAGUGCACAACUCCCUCUCCCCCUCCCCCUCAUUUGUGUUGCAUGAGCAGCAUGACAAGAGCUCGCAAAGAUGCAGCUUUUGCAUGACAAAUUUCGUAGAGGAUUGUAGUGCUGCUUAGGAUUCCCAUUCCGGAAUCUGUCAUGCAAACAGUGCUAACAGGCAAACGGUGGAUUUGGAAUUUUGCAUGACAAAUGAGGGGGAGGGGGAGUUGUGCACUGUCAUACUCCGCUGCAUUACAAGUUCCGGGCUUUACCUACGACGUGCCGAUAACCGAUUCCAAAGCGAAGUGGUUCUUGCAGGACGCGCCGGAGACGUUUAAACCGUAUUUGGAAGCGGAAUUGAAACAACUAGCAGCGAGCGAAUUAACUCCGGCGAGGACAGUAAAUGACAACAGCCUGACGGUUGCGAAAGCGCUGAAUAAAGCAGCGGUGUCGUUUGAAAUGGAGCUGAAAUUGGUCGACGGCGCGAACUCGUGGCUACCAUCAAGCGAACAGAUGCUGAACAUGUGGAUCCAGUCCGCGGCGAAAUCGGCGGUGGAAAAAGUCGCCGGGGUGACGCAGGGAUUGAAGACAACACAGAUUUCCGUCGCGUUUCUCGGUGCGACAUCGAUCCAGCCAGGCGCGACUUCCGCAACUGUGCCAGUGCAGGUGUCUGUGCCUCUGACUGAGGGUGCGAUGGCUAGUGACAGUUCUGUCACGUUUGAAUCCAUCACGACAGCUUUGAAGGAGAAUUCCGCUGCGGCUUUAGUUUCAGAAGUGAAAUCGGUUUUGGAAACCACCUACAGCCUAGAAUUCUCCGCACCCCCAACAGUUACUGCGGAUGAAAUCGACACGAGCAAGGAUUCCGCGACGAAGCCACCACCUUCUCUCAACAGCAAAGUCUCAUCUGACGGAACGGUUGUUACUGCUGCUGGUGCAUCCGCUCCAACUUACGUCCGCGGUGAUUUCGAAAUGGAACUAACCCUGUCCAACGACGUGAUCGACACAGAUUCCUCUGACGGCUCUACCAGUUUGAAACCAUCUGCAACAGUCGAUCCAGACCGGGAGGUGAAGGAAGUGUUACGAACUGCGGCGUUCAAUGCUUUGAAAACCCAGGUUUCUGCGUUUAAGGAUCCGAAAUCGAUUUUGAAGUUUGAAAAAUCCAAUGUCGCGGUCAUCGUCUCCCCUGCUUCGGGCGUGAAGACGGAGAAGAGGACUCUAUCCGUCACCGUCCACGGCGACUACCCGGCGGAAGUAAUCAGGGAAAUCAACGACGCAUUUUCCGCCACUUCCGUCACCCCGGAUGCGAGUUCUGAAAUGGCGAAGAUCACGGGGUCGACGACCCCCGUCGCCGAUCGGUUCAGAACCGCGUUGGUGGCGGAAGCGGGAAGCACCGCGACGAGUGAAUCGAAGAAAUUUUCCUUCGGGUCUUCUGCUACUGUCGUUGGGGAUGGGCCGAAGCCGGUUUCCACUACGCAAACCACAAUUUCCUUCCCGGAAGCACUGGUGUACCAAAACCAAACAAGUGGUGCCCAACCCGACCCGAAUGCCGCGCCACCGAGCAACGAUUUGGUCGAGUCCUGGGUGAAGGAAGCGGUCGCCGCGGCGGUGAGUGAUGCGGCGGGGCUGGAUUUGCUCCCCGAGCACGUUUCGGUCGUCGUCACGACCGAUAACAGCAACAAGCCGUCGGUGAAGAUUUCUGUUCCGUUCGCAAAUCAAGCGGUGAGCGAGAUGUUUUCUGCGGCGCCAAGUGCGAAUAAGGAGAUUUUCCUGAAUGCUUUUGAGCCGACGUUGAAGAAGGUGGCGGAAAAAUCCGAUUUCGUCCUUCCGGUGGAUCUAUCAAAUGUAAAAAUGUCUGGGUCUGGAAACUUGUGAUGCUGGGCGGCGUCUCAUGAUGAGGCUACAAAUGCUGGCUCAGCAUGACAAGUUUCCGAGCUUCUAGGUGUUGCCUAUUCUGCAUGACAAACUGCGCUUCUGCAUCACAGAAAAACGGAGCUCUUGGGUAACGCGCAUGACAGAUUUAAGAGUCAUGACAGACAAGCAUGACAAACAUGAAUUCUUCCAGACCCAGACAUUUUUACAUUUGAUAGGAUCCCACUACCGGGAAGAGCAAAAUGACUUUCGCUUCCGCGGAGUCCACCUCCUACGUGAAAACGACGAUCCAAUUGAAGGUCGACACGAGUAGUGGGACCCAACCGUUACCAGAUCAAGAUGCUCUGUUCAUUCUCGCGCAGACCGCGGCGAGCAAAUCGAUGGAGAAACUCGGGUUGAGUCAGAAGAUCUCCUCGAAUCAGUUCGUGAUUCAAUACACUCCAAUACGACAGUGCACAACUACUCCCCCUCCCCCUCAUUUGUCAUGCAAAAUCUCAAAUCCAGUCGCUGCCUUGUGGCACUAUUUGCAUGACAAGUUGUGGUAGCCCAAAUCGCACUACACUCCAGCGUAAAUUUGUCAUGCAAAACCCACACUCUUGCUGAUGCUUGUGUUGCCGUUCAUGCUAUACAAAUGAGGGGGAGGGGGAGUUGUGCAAUCUCAUAUCCAACCACCAACACGGCGACCGGCCCGACCGGUGGGGAGCAGACGUAUGAUUUCGGAAUUUCCGUCGCGUUACCCUCCACCGUUUACUCCGACGCCGAUGUCGCGACAGUGACCAAGGCGUUCAACAAGGACGACAGUAAAGCAGUAGAAUUCAACACCGGCUUCACUGAUUCGUUGAAGACCCUCGGUAUCACGCAGUUCGCGGCGGAGCCAGCUGUGAAGGAAGUUGCGGUGAAAUCGGUCGACAAAAUCGAGACGGAUUUAACCCCCAUGGAAAUCGUCCCCGGUGGUGUUUCCUUCGUCGAAUCAGAAUUCCACGUGGAGACCGUCGAUACGAGCUUGUCUGGGGAUGAUUUGAUCGCCAUUUUGAAAUCCAAAAUCGCUUCGGGCACUGGAGCUUUGUUGACGGAUAUCGUUGGUUCGGCUACGACAGUUGCGGAGUCCGCGAUUGGAUUGGUUUAUUUAUACGAUACGCCAGUGUCCGCGACAAGUACAGCUUCGCAGAGGAAUUUCCGCAUGACAGUCCAGCUCGCGGCGGUGCAAACGUCUGUGGUUGGCUCUGCUCUUGCUGUUUUGUCAGAUUCCCGAGAAGAUUUGUGGAAGAAAAUCUCUUCCUCUGGUAGUCCUUUACCAGCGACUGUUUCCAAGCCGAAAUUCACUAGUGAUGCGAAGCAAGCGUCGCAAACACAAACGAAAAUCACGAUCACGCCGAAAGAUGCUUCUGACGCUGGAGUGGAUAAAGCAGUAAUUCAAUCCGCGGAAUUCCAAAAAGCGUUCAAUAAGGGGUUUACAUCGGCUCUUCGCGAAUCCGGUGGCCCGGGAUUGACGGAAAGCCACGUGGUCACGACGAUUCACAACUACGAUAGCGCGACGAAAGCGUAUACUUUGAACGUCGCGUAUGCUUCGAUGCAAUCUGCAGCUUCCAACAUGCUGUCGAAGUCCAAGGGCGGAACUGAUUCGGAAAUCUUUUUGUCACUCUUCCGCACGAAGUUCAACCAGGAAGUAACCGCUACACCAAUCACCGGUCUGGCGAAUGUUGCGGCGACACCGUUGGCCGUUGCGGCGGACGCGAUUGAAAGAUCGUACGUCGAGUCGAAGAUCAGCUUGAAGCAGUCUGUUGCUGCUUCCGACACGUCGAACUUCAAGCAGAAGCAGGAUUUGAUCCCGAUCUUGCAGAAGGCGGUGUCCUCCGCGUUGACUUUAUCGGUGGAUCCUGCAGCGUCUGCCACUGGCGCCGCUGGUGCUGCUGCUGGGACAAUCCCGCGGAGCUAUUCUGAUAGUAAAGUGCCGAACAGCUUCUUCAGCAAAUCAAACAUCACAAUCUCCUUCCCGGUGGACUCCACAACAGACGCAACCAACGCAGGUACUGGGACUGUUAUCAUCUCCGUCCCGGUCGUUUCCGGUCCGGGGGUUGAGUCGAAAGUAGAUGCCGCUGCCGCGCAGAAGGCGAAGGACCAGAUUUUGUCGGUGUUGGAUCCCACAACCACCACUUUCGCGGAGAAACUACCGACAAGAUUGAACGUGCUGGGAGUUAGUGUAACAGUCCCACCUCCACCAAAGCAAGGUGAUCCGCCACCGGACCCGGCGAACUUGCCGUUCGCGGUUGCGGAGAAGCCGGAACCUUCCGCGCCGGUUGUGACGGAAUCGACCGUGAAAUCGAAAAUCACUUUCGUCUAUGGAUUGCAAACAUGUCUGGGUCUGGAAACUUGUGAUGCAAGGAGGGGAAUAGUGAGCACACUGUAAUGCGCUGCCAAGCAUGGCAAGUUUCUCCGUGACCGUGGUUCAUCUGAGUUGCGUACUCCGCAUGAGAAGCUCCACUUUUGCAUGACAGACAAGAAGAGCUCUUCGCGGCCACGCAAUACAGAGCUGAGAGUCAUGCCAGACUAGCAUGACAAGUCUCUGAAUCUUCUAGACCCAGAGAUAUUUGCAUUUGAUAUCGUCCAGGCGAAGUUGAAAUUCACGGUGGAGGAGCUGAAGCGGAUUGUGCAGGAGCCUGUGGUUGAUUCCACCACUGGGCAACAAAUCAUCGACCCGGUAACCAACCAGCCGAAAACAAAAGCGAAGGAAUCGUCUAUCGUCUUCACGGACGAGGAGUUGGAACAACUUUGCGCAAAAGCGAUUGCCAAAGCUUUAUCCAACGACCCGGGCGUACUUGACGCGGGUUUCGGGCAAGUUGAUAUCAUCGACAGUAAAACCGACGUUGCGGUUAUCGUGUCCGAGUCUUCCUUCGGGAAAAGCGAAAAGGAGAUCGAUUUCACGGUUGGGGUGAAGGAAACGAAAUCCCAAUCCGCUUUGUCGACACAAGUUUUGUCGCUUUUGUCCACCGGAAACAGCAAAAACGCACCUUUCUUAUCGAACGUUUUGGAAACGAAAUUGGUGGAAGAAAUGACAAAAACUGCGGAGACGAAAGUUGUUGCGAGUGGAGGGAGCAAAGAGGAAGUGAAACUCACUCUGAAACAAAACUCCAUCAACUCGGGGAACAAAAUCGCCGAGCCCGCAACCUCGCUCGAGUCCAAAUUUUCCUUCGACGUCACACCCAUCGAGCCGGUUUUGUCGGAUAACGAAGCGACAAUUCUCGCACAGCAGAUGAUCGCGAAGGCGGUGAAGGAAGCGACGGGGAGACAGGUGAAGCCCGAGCAAAUCGCGGUGACGGUUGGACCUGGUUCAGCUGCGGUGGGUAAACCGGAUAUUAAAUUCGUGUUACCCGUGGCGGAUGAGAGGGUCAGGUGGUUCUUGACGGACAGUGCAAAAUCCUUCGAGGAAAACUACUUGAAGCAAGCUGCAGAGACGACACUAGCGGCUGCCGACACGUUGCUCCCUGUUGAUCCAUCCACUGGCGCUGCCGCGCCGAAGAGAACAACAUCCACCGUCGGGUUGCAGGCCGGCACAGACGCGAAGCAGAACACAUUAGUUACGAUGCGGUUGAGUUUACCUUUGACCAAAGGCGCUUCUUCUUGGCUGCCGGAAUCGGAAGCGAUGCUCUCCUCCUGGCUCCAGGGCACCACGAAACAAGCGGUGCAGAAGUUGACCGGGAUUACAGAUUUCGAUUCUUCUGCCAUCACUGUGGUUUUAGGCUCUUCUAUCGACGCUUCUUCCGGGUCAGCAACAGUCCCCAUCCAGGUUUCCAUCCCGAUUUCCGAAUCCCAGCUCUCCGUCGCCGCCGACGCCUCGACCGCCGCGACCAAAGCGGCUUUUGAGGCGGCGGUCAAUGCGAUCAGCGCCAACGCGGCCGCGGAUCUGAAGGCGGAAGUGAAGAAUGUGUUGGAAACAACCUACAAUCUAGAGUUCUCCGGCCCGCCGGAAGUGACGGAAGAGCCGAAAGCGGUGGAGGAAUCGGUGGUUUUGAAGAAAGAGUAUCAACUGCAAAUAUGUCUGGUUCUGGAAACAGGAAACUUGUGAUGCAGAAUUGUGGAUGACUGAAUAUUUGCCAAUGCAGCCAAGCAUGACAAAUUUGCAAAACGCUCUCUCAUGCUCAGUCCGCAUGAGAAACUGCGCUUUUGUAUGACCAAAGAGGGCGUCUUUUUUGUUAGUCAUGCAAUACAGAUUUUACGGGAGUGUAGGAGUAGCAUUACUUCUACGAGUUCCAUGCUUCCAGACCCAGACGUUUUUGCAUUUGAUAAAGAGCCAUCCAUUGCGAAGACCGCAUCGUAUGUGGAGGGUUCGUUCGCGAUCAACGUGCCACAGACGAUCGACACGAAGAAAUUACAAACAGUUUUGAAAAACGCCGUGAUUUCCUCCUUGGAUAAAACCGUCGAUGCUUUAAACGGGGAAACUUCCACUCUCACCCAGGUUGCGGUUUCCGUCUCCCCUGGGCCAGAUACCAGGAACGAGGACGCGGUGAAACAACUCGCAGCAACGACUACGAACGAGGAUAGAGAUGUGAAAAUCACUUUAUCAGGUGAGUUAACCGCGGACCAGGUGGCGCAGAUCGUGGAGGCAUUGAGUUCGUUAUCCGAUGAAGCGAAGCAAGCGACAGAUUCCACUACGGAUAGCAAGGCUUUGAAGAAAGCAAGGACGUUCGCAAGCACUUGGGUGGCGGAUUUGACAGCGUUGGACACGGCGGAUGAUGACAUCAAACUCAACACAGCAGUAACUUCCUCCGAUGGUUCCACUUCUAUCGUGAAACAAACGUCCACCGCGAAGCAAGUUUCGCAGACCGAGUCGAGCCUGAAACUGGUUCUGAAACCAUCCACUGGGGUGAAAGACGCGACAACUGGAAUUGCGCCGGUGAAAGACGGCGAGCCAUUGACGGAUGUCGCUGCUAUUCCGAGCAAUGAUGUGAUGGAAGACAUCACGCAGGAAGCGAUUGCGGCGACAAUUAACCAAUUAACCGGGUUGGAUUUGACACCGGAGCAUGUGUUUGUGGAUUUGAAAACGGAUCACUCUGCUGAGCCGGAGUUGUCCUUCACAGUCCCAUCCGGGGACGACACGGUGGCGAAGUUCUUGUCCAAGCAGGAUAAGAGUGGGAGGAAGGAGCAGUUUCAGCAGUUACUGCAGCAGAAGAUUGCGGAAGUCAUGGCGGUGAAAACGAGCACAAAUAUCACCAUCUCCACCGCUCCGGAGGAUGUGGCGAAAAUGGUGACGAAGGAAUCCGCAGGGUCCACUUCGUAUUUGAAAACCACCAUGGACUUCGCUUUACCAGCGGGUUCGGAAGCCUUGUCGCAAGAAGCGCUGUUCGCGCUUGCGCAAACCGCAGCGGCGAAGGCUGUGAAAGAGGCGGCAGGAACAGCGACUGUCGUUGAAAUCCCGGCGAACCAAUUUUUCGUCAGGUACACACCAGGUAGUACCAACACGAACUUCGGGUUGGAGAUUUCGGUCGCCAUGGAUUCGGCGGAUUAUUCGUCUGCGCAGAAACUGAAAGUGGAGAAGGCUUUUUCGAAACUCGUUUCGAAGAAAACAGUGAAUUUGACCACCGGAGAAGAAACAGUCACCACCGAGUCUUCCGCGGAAGCGAACACUUUCGCCUCUGCGUUCACGACGCAAUUGACGAAUCUAGGUGUUUCUACCUUCGAAACAGCCCCUGCAGUCACAACGGAAAAAGCGGAAGUUUCGGUCAAACAAGCAACAACCGAUCUAGUUCCGGACGACACGGAAUCGCCCGCGCCAGGUGGGCUGAUUUACGUCGAGUCGGAAAUCUCCAUCGAAACGCCAUCAGCGUCUGUGCCGUUUUCUUCCGAUGCGGCCGGGGCGGAUGAGCUCGCCGUACAUUUACAAUCCGCAGUCUCAGAAGCGGUGAACACGAAAUUUUUAUCCGGCUUCACCAAUGAAACUGGUAGUAACCCCGCGGUGAAGAAAGAGCAGGUCGGCUUGACUUAUUUGUACAUGGCACCAGUCGAAGUCGGGUCGGAUAAACGUGUUCGGGUGUAUAGAGCAACAGUGCAGGCACACAGUCUCACCACCGCGCAGAUCGGGACUUUAACAACUGCCAUGUCCGAGCCAAAGAAGGAGAAAUUUUCCGAAACUCUGGGCACGAUUUUGACCGAAAAAUCCCAUCCAGCGACUGGUGGGGAUGCAAAGCUACAGCAGGUCUCGAACCCGAAACCGACGAAAUUGGCUUCGCAGUCGUCGCAGACGCACUUCCGCUUGGAGCUGCAAUUGGAGAAUGCCAUGACAAAAUCCGAAGCGGAAGCGGCUGUAAUCUCCGGUUUGCAGACUUCGCUAAAGGACACGUUGUCUGAAGUCGGUGUAGCCCGGUUGUCCAAAGAGCACAUCCACAUCAAGUGCGAGCCGGAGUCGACGUUUAUCAACGAGCCGAGCAAAAUCGGAGAUGCAACCGCGACUACGAAAAAGUGGACCUUUUUCGUCGCUUUACCAACCUCUGGUAAGACGAUAACCACCAUGGUGGAGGAAUUCCAAACAGAUUCCGCUAACAGCAACAAGAAGACGAAGCCGCCAAACCCGGACGCGGAAAUCUUCACGACAAUUUUGACGAACAAGCUGAAGACGAAUCUUGCUGCGGACACUUUGUCCACAGACGCUUCUCUGGCGAAGGAGUUGUUGACCGUGCCGGUCACGAGUAAGGAAAGAGUUUAUCUCCAAACGGAGAUGGCUUUGUCCAUCGACGUGACGCCGAGUGAAUCGCUUGAUGACGCAUUGAAUGUGAAGAACACUGGGGAUUUAUCCCCCGCUUUGCAGGCUGCGGUGGCUUCCGCUUUGAAAUCUGCGAUGCCGGAGGGCGAGGAUUUGACACUUCGGUCCGGCGACGUCGCGGUGCAGUUAUUCCCGGAAUUGCCGAUCAGACAGGAUACUUCUACCACGCCUCCGACUCUAACCCAGUCGGUUCGGGUCGCGGUUUCCAUCCCGUUAGCUGUUGCUGGCGGAUCGGAGAAGGCGGCGAACCGGUUGCAGCUGUUGAUGUCCAAAACCGCAGCGGAAUCGACGGAUUUCCUGACGAAACUGGCACCGAGGUUGGAGGUUCGGGGUGUCAACUUCGAGCAAACCGCUGUUGCUGACAGUGGAAGCACAGGCUCUGGUGCUGGCGCAGGAGCCGCAACAGUGCCCGGCCUUGCGGUCACGACGGAAAACGCAGCCAGGUCCGAAGUCGCUUCCACCGAAACCACUACGAAGGAUAACGUCAACUUUGUCCAAUCCGCUCUCCAAAUCUCCAUCGGCAACGCUGGGGUUCCAGCCAAGGAGAUGCAGCUGAUUCUCUCCAAAGCAAUCGCCGAAGCGGUUUCUUCCAAUUCCGCAAUUCAGGAGGCGGCGGGCGGCGAUUCGUCCGCGAUCACGAUGAAGGAUGUUGGGGUCGUCGUUUCCGCGAAAUCGAAACUCACCGACCAGAAGGAAAUCUUCGUCACCAUCGCUUCCCGGGAGACGCAGUCCUCGACCAAGAUUCAAGCAGCAAUUGCUUCCCUGUUCUCCUCCUCUUCUGAAAAGUCUUACCAGCUCGCGCAGUCGUUCGAGGAGAACGUGAAGCGGAUUAUCACGGUUAACGGCGGAAUUACCAACCCAGAAGCGAACAAGCAGAAAUACGCUUUGGCGGAAAUCCGCGGCGGCGCGGUGCAGUCAGUAGCGGCGAUCCCGGCUUCGAUGACGAGCGGCAGAGCGCAGUUCAGCUUCAACUCGGAACCAAAUAUCGACGACAGCAUGACAAACGAGCAGCAGGAAGAAGCGAUCAUUAAGUUGAUCCAGCAAGGGUUUGCAAACGCUUUGGAAGAAGCUUCUGGUAUGGGAAUCCAGCCCGAGCAGGUGUCGAUUGUUCUCGAUCCGGAAUCGGUGAAACUACGACAGCCGACUUUUUCGUAUUCUGUGCCUUUAUCGGAAUCUCAAGUCUCCUGGUUUCUAGAUGAGGACACGAACAAGGACAAAACGAAGGGGUUCACGCCCUAUUUGACGGCGGAAAUCGACAAGUUAGCGAAACAGGAGACGGAUAGUUCUGUCCCCGGAGUAGAGAAACCCGCCUGGGAACAGUUGACAGCGAAGGCUACUGAUGUCGGCAUGGACACGACGGCGGAGACGAAGACGAAAACUUACUUGUCGACAACUUUGGAGUUGGAUUUGAUUGAUUCUGGGGAUUCAACCUGGCUCCCCAGAUCCGAGACGAUGCUGCAGCUCUGGGUCCAGUCCGCAGUGCAAAAAUCGGUGAAAUCCAUCGCAAAUGUGGAUAUCAAGUCCGACCACGUGUCUGUGUUGUUGGCGGAGGAGCUGCCGAAAACCGGUAAUACCGCGAAAGCGAAGAUGUCGAUCUCGAUCCCCUUUGAGUCAACCGAUUCUGCGCCCGUGGAUUUACCCGCGGUUUUGUCCGCCUUAGGGGCGAACAACGCAGCGCAAUUCAUGGCGAACACGAAGACGGAAUUGGAGUCUUUUGGUUUAGGCUUCCAAUCCGAUGUGAAAAUCAUCACACCGGAGAAGACCGAGAAGCUCCCGGAAGGGUUGACAACGACCACGACUACAACAACCACUACUGUUGUUGGCGCGACGCCGAAAACCGCCAGAGAGGCGGCGGCGAGCACCUACGGGACGAAGACUGUAGUCGAGCAGUUGGCGGAGAGGGAAGAAGCAGAAGCUGGCGCUUCCGCCACUCCACCUCCAUUGUUCGCGCCGUCUGCAGAAGCGGUGGUUGCGGCGGAGCCGGGAAUUCCUGGCGGCAGUACGUAUCUUGAGGGUAAGUUCGACAUGAAGGUGACGAACCGGAUUUCCACAGAAAGGUUGUCGAACUUGCUGAAGGCAGCAGUUCGUGACUCCCUCCCCUUCGCCGCGCCCGCGACCAUGGACUUGGACUUCACGGUUGCGGUUUCUGUUGCACCGCUAUCCCGUUAAAAAGUAUCGUAGUUGUACUAGUAAUUGCAGUCAUGCAUGACUAAUGCGCGUCUUCAGGGAAAUCACCAUGACAAAUUCCAACUUUCCUCCUGAAAAAAUCUGUGUUGUAAUUUCUACCAACGACGAUACUUUUGUAAUGCAUAACCACCAUCACAGGAGCUGAUGUUUGGUGAGGUGAUUGAGGACCGGCAGACUUCGAUCAUCAUCCACGGUGCAGGUCUGAACACCAAAGCGGUUUCGCAAAUCCUAGACGCGUUGGACAAGAUCGAGGAGGGGAUGGUGACAGAGGCGAAAUCCCCGAUUGCAACUUCGUCUACUACGCAGGACGGAACGGUCAGGCAGAAUCCGGCUUUGAAAUUCCAACAACUCGUGAAGCAGUCGGUGGAUCAGAAGUUAUUAGCUUCCCCCUACAACACAACCACCGGUGGUUUCGCCGUGAAGGAAACUGCGAAGCCGAUUACCAGGACGGAAUCCGAGAUCAGCUACUCCUUCGGGGGAGCGGUGAGCCCGCCUCCGAACACCGACACGGUGUUCAUUACGAAAAGAGCGAUUGCGAACGCGCUGAACGAAAUCGCCGGGCUGGAGUUGACGCCAGACCACGUCGCCGUGGAUUUGAAGACGGAUUUCUCGCUCUCACCGGAGAUGUCGUACUCCGUCCCCUUCGCGAACCCGGCGCUUUCAGCCUAUUUGUCCGGGGAGAAAACGGCGAAGCGGGAUAUGUUUUUGACAAAACUAACCCAGACUUUGAAAACCGAAAUCGUUUCCUACAAACAGUCUCUCGAUCCAGCAACAGCGGGCACUGUGGCGGAAAAAGCUCUAGCGGAAUCGAAUCUCGAUCUCGCUUUGUCGCCCCCGACGGGCACAGCAGAGCAGGUUGCAGGCUCGUCGUUGACAAUUCCACCGACUGCGAAGGUUGCGAAGACUUCUGCUUUCGCUGAAACCAAGUUGUCGAUCGAUUUAGGAACGAACGACCCGACGAAGCGGCCGGAUAAAGACACGGUGAGGUCUAUGGUACAGAAGGCGGCGGCAGAGUCGCUGCAGGCGAAAUUCCCGGAUAUCACGAUCACGCCGGAGAUGGUCAUGGUUCGAUUCCCGCCCAAGGCGGAGUCCGAUACUGCGGUUACUUCGACGGAAGAGUUUUCGGUGUCCUUAGCGCUGCCGAACGUGAACACCAUCCCGGCGGCAGAGCAGACGAAAUUGCUGGAUAGUCUGUCCUCUACAUCUUCCGAAGCGUCUUCCUUAACAUCUGCCAUGGCGAGUACGGUGCAAUCUUUAGGUGUGGAGAACGUCGCGACCGAGAUCAAAGAACUUCCCCCGCAGCCGGACGGCACGCCGACGAAACCGCAGUUAACUGGGACGGACGGCGGUUCUGUGGACUUAUCCCCAACUGAGCCGCCGCCCGGCGCUCCGAGCUUGAACUUCAUCGAAGUCCCAGCUUCCAUCGUCACCGCGACGAAAACGGGGAUUUCUGAUACCCAGAUGCAGGGCUUAUUGAAGAAAGCGUUGGAGAAAACCGCACUGAAAGAAUUGUUCGAGAAGAUCGGCGCCGUCCCUUCUGGCCCGAAUAAGACCGAAACAGUGACCGAUGUUACUACUGGACAAACGAAAGAAGUGCAGAAACUCGACGCGAGUAAGAUCUUCGGAAUUGUCAUGGAGCCUUCUACACCAGUAGCUGCCGGUUCCACCGCGACGAAGAGGAAUUUCAAAAUGACCAUUCAGACCCAGGGCUUGACUGCAACACAACUUGGGUUAGUGAUGGCGGCUUUAGCCGACGCGGCGGACGAUUCUGUCUCUACAAAAGCGGAUGAAUUCGCUUCUGCGAUUAAGGAGGAAGUAGUGAAGGAAUUGCAGGCGAAUCCGAUUUCUUCUGUCGGCGAUCCGGUGAGCGAGAUCACAGCCGGGAAGAUGGAAACAGCAAAUAAAAGACCACAACUUUCCUCUCAAGUCGAAACGAAGAUCAGGCUGGAGAUCAAGAACCAAAUUUCCGGCGCACCGCUCAAAGAGGACAUCGUGAAGAAGAUGCCGAUUCAGCUGGCUUUCGCGAAAGCGCUGGAAAAGGUAACCGGGACGAAGUUGCUGCCAGAACAGGUCGCAGUUCUAGAUGUGGCGGACGCGGUGACGAUCGGCGCCGACGGCUCAGUGGAUAUCAACGUUGGCGUUGCUUCUUCUUCUCCUUCAAUUCUGUCCGCGUUGACCGAGGGGGAUGGGAACAAGGUGUUCGCGAACGUGUUGCAGGAGAUGAUUGGCACCGCGAUUACCGAAGCGGCGAGUAACAACGAGCUGGACCCGUCUGUACCAUUAUUAGUAACAACCGACACUUCUGCUGGCGUUGUCGCCCCGACGGUGAAUACCCAGUAUGUCGCGACGCAGGUCGGUUUGCCGGCGGUUGCGGCGGCGGCGAAGAAUUCUGGGGAGUUAGCGCCGACAAUGAGAACAGCCGCGGCGUCGACCGCGGAGGCGGUUGUCGGUACUACUGGCCCAUUACAGGUCGACAGAUCCAACGUCGUUGUCGGGUACACGCCGGGAGACGGUUCUGACGCUAGUGGUUUUUCUGCUAUGGUCUCUGUCCCGGUGAAGUCGAUUGUUUCUACCUCAAAGGCGCCGGUGGAUCCGCUUGCGGCAACAGCUGCAGCAGCAGCUCCUGCAACACCACCUGCGAGUGGAGGUACAACAACACCGCCAACAACCACUCCCAGCACUGGCGCGACGACACCAACCGUCGGCGAAACGGCAGUGACUUCCGUCGCUCAAACCGCGGGAUCACUCCUAGACGCACUGAAAUCUGCGAUGGCCCAGGACUCUCCUGAUUUCGCCGCGCCACUUGCGCAGAAGUUGGAAGUCCUUGGCGUGAAGAUGCAGGAGAACGUCGCGGCGGACACACCACCGUUACCAGUCGAGCAGCCGCCAGUGGAGUCCGUUCCGGCCGUUGCAGCUUCUACGGAGAAAUCGCAACUGACUUAUCUCGAAACCUCCAUGUCUUUCGUCGACUACAUUGAGGAGCCGCCAAAGACAAUCACGAAACCGGACGGGACGGUGGAGCAAGUCGAUGUUUCGCCUUCCACAAGCAAUAAAAACUUCCUGCAGAAAGAGAUCAAGCAGAAGCUUUCCUCAACGACUGAACUGACGAAACUUGCGAAGGAAGCGAUUGCGGAAGUUUUGGUCGAGUCAAGAACAGACCCGGUCACUGGGGAGAAGAUCGAAACCGCGGCGCCAUUGUUGAUUGAAACUUCUGAUGGCAGUUUUGAAGUCAAGCCGUCGGACAUAGCGGUGGUUAUCCGCGAAGUCCCCGCGACGGUUACGAGGACAUUCUCCAACGGCACAACAGUUGAAGUGCAAGUCAUGAAGAAGGAGAUGUCACUGUCUGUGCAGGUGCGGGAAACGGAAGACUCGUCUGAAGCACAAAGACAACUCCUCGCGUUGUUUUCGAAAUUGAACCCGAAGGCAAACUCGUUUCAGGAUGCUGUGCAAACCAGGGUGAUGGAACUCGCAGUGGAGAAGACGGUUGAGGAGAAGUUGGUGGAUACUUCAUUACCUCCAGCAGAACAGGCGAAGAUCAAGCAGCAAUUCACACAAGAAUCGUUAGCGACAAUCCAAGCGCCGGAGAACAGAGACAGCUUCCAAACCGCGGCGAAAGUCGAGAAGGAAAUUGCAUCUGCAGCAAGUACCGUCGGUGGGCAAGCGGCGUUUGAGACACCGGGGCUCUUGCCUGCGACGACGGAAAAGGCGAAGGAGGCGACGACGAACGCCUUGAAACGGGCGGUGAAGGAGACACUGAAGGAAAUCGCGGGUCUGGAAUUCGUAUGCAUUGCAAAAGUAUCGUACUCGUGCUGAUUGCAAUCGUGCAUGACAAACUGCGGUCUUAAGCGAAAUCAGCAUGACAAGCCCCAUUUUUCCUUUUGAAAAAAUUUGUAUUGCAAUUUCCACUACUCCUACUGCGAUACUUUUGCAAUGCAUAAUCCGAACUGGAGCACGUUUCUGUCAAACUCGACCCGGGCACUGCGGAGAUCGGCGCACCGUCGUUCUCCUUCUCCAUCCCCUCGCAGGGCAACGUCGCGACAGCGCUCUUCUCUGAAGGAAGUACGAAAACCGCUAGUUUUACUGAUUUGCUAAAGAAAAAGAUCAGCAAGCAGUACUUCCAGGCAGCUUCUGAUGAAACCUCAGAUUCCGCCGUUGAGGGGCUGCCGAAGGUGGAUGUUUCAAAUGUUGACACGACCCUACCCAUCGAGGAGCAGGAAGCGUCUUUGAUCACGAAACCGGUGCAGAUGACCGGCACGGCGAAACAAUCGAGAUUUACAGAAUCGACUCUGUCCAUCGGCCUGGCUUCUCCCGAGCAGGGUGGGCUAUUGCCGAAAUCGGAGGACAUGCUGAGAUCUCUAAUCGUGUCCGCGACGAUUGAUAGCGUGAAAGCACAGGCGAACUUCGACUUAACGCCAUCCGAUGUGACAGUAGUUUUCGCCGGGGAUGUUGCCGCGAUUCUGGAAAUGGUUUCCAAGAACGCAACUUUAGCGACCAAUUUGGACGCUACCGUGAUUGUGGAAGUCGCUGACUCCCCGACGCCGGAUCCGACGACCAAAACGGUCGAAAAUUCCGGUGCGAAGGUGCAGCAGAUUGUGGAUCAAUUGACGACACAAGUCACCGGCGAGGACGGAAAGCCGAAAACGGUUCCUUCAACCGCUUUUGUCACGAAGAUCCAGACGGAAUUAGAGUCCUUUGGGUUAAAAGUUCCGAACCCACCAGACCCGGACCCGAAGAAGGGAAUGGAGCAAUCCGCACCAGCCACAACCGAAGAUUCUUGGGUGCCACCGGUGCCGGAGAAACCUCUGUCGUUAGGUGGGGAGAAUCCAAACAUCGAGCCCACGCCUUUGAUUGAAACGAACAUCAACGUGAAUCUCGGUUCGUCCUCCAAGGGUUUGACAGACAACACCGUGCAGGAAAUGAUAAGAAACGCAGUUGCGGAAUCUUUGGUCGCAGAAUCGACCGUCGGAGAACAAGCCGGACAGCCGGCGCAACCAGUGGUUCCCGGAUUCCUCGAUUUAGUCCUGGAAUCCGCUGGGUUUUCAAAGCAGGAACAACAAGCGAUGACAAAGGUUGAGAAAGCAAAAAAUGCGGAGAAGUUCAUGGAAAGUCAAAUUUCCGUGUUUUUCACCGACAAAAAACCGAAAGACAAAGCUGGUGGCGAGCAGCGCGCUUGCUCCGUUGUGAUCUCCGCGAAGUUGGCGAAUUCCACUGUCGUGCUGGAUUUGCUGCAGGCUUUAUCCAAGGAAUCUUCCUCCACUAACGAUGAGAAGUUCGAAGAAACGUUCACGGCCGCGCUGAAGCAAACCGCAUUGCAGACACAUUCUAUUCCACCUUCCGACAUUGUCACCGACGUCACCCAGAAAUCAGCGAAACCGGUGGAGCAGAUUUCCACGAACAUCCAGUUCGACUUCGAUAUUGUCCCCAAAGACCCGACAACCACGCCAGUGAACAUGAUUUCCGACAAUACUAUCGCCGAAGCGAAGGUUUCGGUCGAGGAAAUGAACAUGAUGUUGCAGGAGUCUGUCGCGUUUGCGUUGAACGGUACAAGGGGGAUGUCGCUGCAGGCUUCCCAAGUCGCGGUCAACAUUUUGGAUGACCUCAGUUCCAUCAUGACGACCGACCCAGCUGAUCCGAGUAAGAAACUCCUACCGUUGGUGCAGAAGUUGAACAAGGGGCAGCCAAAUGAAUCGUUGAACAGCUUGCUUUCCAACUUGAAUUUCACGAUCUCCAUCCCAGUGGCGUCUGACACGAACGAGAUGAUGCAUUUGGCGGACGAAACGGCUGGGAACAAGAUGUUUUUGAAAGCGGUCCAGAAUUCGAUGGCGUCGCAGAUUCAGACAUCGAAUUUUAUCCCAGAAGUGGUAAAACAGGAUUUGAAAGUCGAGACGAAAGAGUUGAAAACCACGAGUUCUGUCCCAUUAGCCCAGUCGUUCACCGAAGCGUUUAUGGAGAUUGACUCGCCGAUUUCCGAUGAGGAAUUGAUCGCGACGAUCAAGUAUCAAAUGUAAAAAUGUCUGGGUCUGGAAGAAUGCACGUUUGUCAUGCUUGUCUGGCAUGACUCUUAAAUCUGUCAUGCGCGUUACGCUAGAGCUCCGUUUUUCUGUGAUGCAGAAGCGCAGUUUGUCAUGCAGAAUAGGCAACACCUAGGAGCUCAGAAACUUGUCAUGCUGAGCCAGCAUUUGUAGCCUCAUCAUGAGACGCCACCCAGCAUCACAAGUUUCCAGACCCAGACACUUUUGCACUUGAUAUCAAAGGCGCUGCGGCGGAUGCGGUGGACACUUUGGUUCCGAACAUGCCGAAGGGGGUGGAGCCGAAGGACAUCACGGUGUUGAUUUUGAAAACCGAGGGAAACAAGAGGGAGAUUGUCGUGCAGACACCAGUGCAGAAAACGUUACCAAUUCAAACGGUGGAAGUGGUUGAAGAGGUGACGGUGACGAAUCCUGAUGGCAGUACCACAGUCACACAAGUGACGAAACAAGUAACUUCGGUGAAUGUCACUGCGGUUGCGACUGCGGCAGCCGAGGCGGAGUACAAGGGUUCUGCGAACGAGGUUGCGAACAAAAUGUCCGCGGCUAGCUUCAUGGUCCCGUUUUCGACGCGUAUGGAGGUGAACUUAGAUUCUAUGUUCACUUUAGACGCUCUUCCGGAGGAAACGCAACCACCGGCAGUCACCGAACCCGCGAAAACCGAACAGCCGGAGGAAUUGCCAAUAGUGACGGUUGAGGGCGAGAUGUCUGUGGAAAUCAAACCCGCGGAUCCGAGCAAAACCUUGACUGACAACCAGCUCACCGAUCUGGUGAAGGCGGCGGUGGCGAGCACAUUAGGUGCGACGACGUUUGAUCCGAAAACCGGGAAGAACACCAAGCCGAUGUUCCAGUUGUCGGGCGGGUCGGUUAUCAGGUCGGAUCAGAUCGCGGUGACGAAGUUGGACGGUGGGUUGCUAGAUCCGGACAAGCACACAUUCAAAAUCGCGGUCCACGGAAACCAGUUGUCCGCCGCGGAGGUUUCGGAAGCGCUGGCGCUGUUGACGAAGCCGCAGGAAGAGGAGAAACCAGCUGCGCCCGCUGCAGGUCCAGGUGCACCAACAACCGGUAUCAAAUGUAAAAAUGUCUGGGUCUGGAAGAGUUGGAACUUGUGAUGCAAACUCUGGAACAGACAAAAAUUUGUGUUGCAUGAGCGCCAAAAGCUGCCCACUUCUUGGCACGCAUGUGGCAAGUUUCUCAUGCGGGACAGGCAUCAUGAGGCGUGCUCAAAACCUGUGAUGCUUUUGCCUGCAUCAGACACCAUUUGCGUGAUCCGAAAUAUGCAUGACAAAUCUACAAAUCUUCCAGACCCAGACACUUUUGCAUUUGAUAACCGGCACCGGCACUGCAACUGCAGCCCCGCCGAGAAAGGACGUUGUGACAGAGAGGCAGCUGAACUUCCAAUCGUUAGUCCAGACCAAGCUCAUCGAAGAAGCGGUGAAGAAGAACCAGGAAGUGAAGCCAAAUUCCUUCGAAGUGGUUGGAUCCGCGCAGCAGACACCGUUAACCACUGUGAAGACGAAAUUGAAGAUCCAAUCAACAGGGAAGACCCAGAAGGAGGUCGCGGCGGCGAUUAGAGGUUCUGUGUCGAAAUCUCUGAACGAUUUGGGUGGAACGGCUUUGACUGCGGACCACGUGAGCUUGUUGUUUAUGGACACAAGUACAACACCCCCGACGGAGAUCUUCCCGGACAGUUUGGAAUUAGUUUCCCCCAACGCGGACAUUGAGGUUUCCAUCGUCGUUCCGAGUAACGAGAAAACGGUCAUUGAGCUAUUAGACCCGACGGACUUCCCGAACAAAGUGUUUAACAAAGCGGUGAUCAACAAUUUAGAUAACACCGCGACCAACACGGGAGUCUCAGUCUCCGGGUUUGAAAUCGAUCCAGCGCAGGGCGCGCCGAAGGUGAGCCAGGCAGUGGAUCUGGAUCUAUCAUUACCGGUGGAAGAUCUCGCGACGUUACCGGACCCGGAGACCAUGACGUUCGUGAUUCAGAACGCGGCGAGCGAAGCUUUGGUAAAAGCGUUUGAAAACGAACCCGCGGCGACGAAGGACAUGAUCUCGCUGGCGAGGGAUAUGAUUUCCUUAGUCUACCCCGAUCCGAAGAUCACAAGCAAUUUCACGAUUUCUGUGCUCUCCGUGAAGGAUUUGCCGUACAACGUCGCGACCGAAACGGCGGAGAAGAUCAUGCAGGUUUUGAAGGGAAAUCCGACACUGUUUCUCGCGCCUCUCCGGACGGAAUUGACAACACUAGGCGUCGAAUUCGACAAAACGAAGCCGAUCAACGUGACCGAGGAAGCGGCGGUGCCCGAGCCGGCAGCGAGAGCGGUUGCGCCCGCGUUGCAGGCUUCGGCGAAGCAGGGGGCGAUUCCGGUUCAGGAUUUCCCCGACGUUUCGCUUGCGUUCGUGGAAUCGAAAUUGUCCAUGCCGGUGUCUGCGACGAUCCGGAACGAUCCGAAGUUAGAGCCGUUGCUGAUCUCCGGGUCGGAUGAGCAGUUCGCGACGCUGAUGGCGAAGUCGCUUUCCAGGGCUUUGAAAAUUGAAUUCCCGGAUAGGCUGGCGUUAUUACCGAAGGAGAACGAGAUUUCGAUUACGAACAUAGAGGUGCACCCGGCGACUGGCGCGAGGACUUUUGACAUCUUGAUCCAGGGACGGAGGACGAAAGCGGACACUAGCUUGAUCGGCGAUAUCCUCGGUCUCGUAUCUUCUACCAGUGAGAACACAGAUUUGGCGAACCGGGUGUAUGCCAGUAUGGCCAAGGAGAUGACGAAGAUCGCGUAUGAAGAGGAAUUAACCGCUGGCACCAUGACGGAAGCUGAUUUACCGGUUUUAGUCCCAGAAGGAAUGGAAGCGCGGGCCAGCUUCAUGCAACCCUCGUUGGCGCAGGCACGGCAGAAAACGCAAACCGCAUCGGAAUUCGUCUACCGAGUGGAGGGUGGUGUUGCACCCCCGACACCGGAGGACUUGCAGAAAUCGGUGCAGAAGGCGAUCUUUGAAUCUACCGGGAUCAUGAUCCCAUUGGAGCAGGUCGCGAUUGUCUCCGCGAUUCCGACGGGGAAGCGGGAUGAGUUCAAGGUGAAACUCGCAGUCCCGAUGGCAGGCGAUGUGGUGCGAGCCGCAUUGUCUGCCUCGGACGCGGAGAAGAGUGGGCUGUUCGCGAAUAGCAUGCGGUAUAAAAAUUUGAUAGGGCGGGUGUUUUUGACAGAAUGUUUUUUUGCGUUUUGCGCAUGACAAAAUCUUCUUUGAUACCGAAUUGUGCAUGACAAACCGCAUAGAAGAAUUCUGAAUUAAGUACUUAUUCAAUCAAAAAAACAGCGACGCUCUCCGCGACAUGGGUCACUACACUGUGGCUGGCAUGAAAGUCGAAACCCAGGAUGCAGAGCGGUCGAACUUCAUCAAGGGGAUUGUUUCCCUCGAAUUCCCGCCGGACGACCCGUUUCUCCCCGCGUCAGAGAGGGAAACCGCGAAAAAGAUGGCGGCGAACGCGCUGCAAGCUGCCGUCGCGGAAUCGCUGCGGGAUAAGAUCCCGGACAUAGUGCCUGGUGAUGUGACGAUCACACCAUCGUCGGAGUACGCGGAUGGAAAUACCAAGAGCUUCAUCAUUGUGGUCAAGGUCCCGAAUGACGAUUUGCAGGACGGGCUCGCCUCCGUUAUCGCGGACAUGUUCAGCGCCGACGGGGAUAACUCCGCGUUCUUGACGAGCAUCUCUUCCUCUCUAACAGAAAAGGGCUUCGACACCCCCGUCCCGGAGAUCAAGGGGAAGGCAGAAAAUUCCGCGAACAUCCUCCCCGUUCUCCCCUCCGAAGACAGCGCGUUGGGCGAUGAAGCAGACAAGAAGUGGGCGGACGGGCCGACUUUGGUUGAAGCAUCACUUAUCGUCACUCUGUCCGAAGCGAGAACCAAUGAGUACCCGGUUAGGGAGUUGGAUACGGUUGUCCGGAACGCUUUAGCCGCGACUACCGGGACGCUUUUCACCGCGGAAGACAUUGCGGUCGUGAUCUUCCCGACAUAUGAAGAAACAGUUCUCCAGCCCAACGAGGUAAAAGUGACGUUCGCGUUUUUCUUGGAUAAGGUCAACGCCGCGGCUGCGCAGUCGAUCAUUUUAAUCUUCUCUGAAGGGUCUGGUGACGCGACGCAGCAAGCAACGGAAGCGGCUUUGACCACCGCUUUGAUCACCGCUGCGGGCGAGGAGAACCUCGCGAAGGUGGUUAGUUGCAGGUUCAACGGGUUCGCGAGAAUCGCCGCGCAUGUGACUGUGGGGAUGAAGGUAACCGCGCCGACGGCUACCGCGCCGACAGAGGAGAAUUUGAAGGCGAAGAUGAAAUCCGAAGCCGUGAACCAGUUCAACGCCGUUGGUGGGUAUGAGUUAUUACCGCAACAUGCGCAUGUCAAAGUCAACUCUGUUCGAAGACGAAUGGCGGAACUACCGGUGGAUCCAAAGAAACAACGAAACAAGGCGUUCGCCGGUAGGAGGAAUUUGGAACACCAGGAGCGGAGGUUACAGGAUGCGACAGACUUCGACAUGGACGUCACAGUUCCGGUUUCGGGCGCUUUGGCAAGGGACUUAACCUUGACAUCGCAUCAAAUGGGCCAGGACGUGACAACGUUCAUCCACGGGAACAUGACGCAGAAGUUAUCGGACGCUGGGCAGGGGGACAUUUCCUCCACAGUGAUCGAGCGCGAAGGCCGUCUCCGGUUCUUCAUGGAAUUGCUGGGGAAAAUGCCCGCAAGUCUCGGUGUUGCGCCGGAGACCAAGGCGAUUCUGGCCGAUAGCGCUGGUAUAGGAUAAUUUUGGAUUUUGAUUUAUUGCUAUAGUUGUUCGUUAUCCUUAUCGUGCAUGACAGAUUUUUUCGCUUUUUGCUGAUUCUGCAUCACAAAACAGUUCAACAGGUCAUCUACAGCAACUUCCGCAUUUUUACAUACAAAUCUCUCUAUCAGGUCAAGCCCUUUCCCAAUUCGCCCUCGACUACAACGUCGGUGCGGUUUCUGCGAAGCAGGUCGUCAUUCUCGCCGAUACAAACAGCAACUACAAGUUCGCCAUUCUGUUCAGCUCCGAUCAACGGCAGGAGAUCGUGCUUUUGACCCAGAACCUGGCGAUUCAUAAAGAUAAGUUCACGGCACCAUUGAAGACCAGGAUCGAAAUGUCCGGUGUUGGCUUACCAACAGAGGAGAAAUUCACGCUGGACGAAAUCCGGCCCGCGAUGCAGGCAACCACAACCCCCAUGGACACGGAGGAAGAAACCUACACGGUGACGAACGCUUUCGCUCUAACCGUGCAGGAUAUCAAUGGCAUGAUGAUGGCGGCUACGGCUGAAGCCGUGAACAGCAACACAGCCGGCGAGACGAAUCUCGCAGCGCAAGAUGUCGCUUUGGACACAAUAAGCGAAACCGGUGGAAGCCGGGCUUUGGAGAUGCUGCGGCUGAGUGAGGAGAGAAGCGAGGCGAGAAUGAACAGGAUGAGAAACAGCAUCAGCAGAAGACCGACAUUGGGGUCGAAGGAAGGUAAGUACUUAUUCGGGUUUUGCAUCACAAAUUUAGAAUAGGUUUGUGGUUUUGCAUCACAAGUUUUUUUCGCAUUUAUUUCUUCGGUUUAGCAUGGCAAAAGUAGCCUUUUCGCAUGACAAAUUUCAUCACAACUUGACACACGACAACUUGAACACAUCUCAGGUCCAGCCUCUGCUUACCAGCGGUUGCUCCAGGCUUCGGACUCGAAUUUGAAAAUCCAGAACAUGACGCUGACCAUCCCUACCACCUCCCCCCUCGCGAAGAUUAUUCUCUCCGAGGGUAAUACCGUGUUCAUCAACGCUUUUUCCGCGAUUCUCUCCACCAUGGCCAACGCUAUUGGCGUGAACAUCGUGAAAGCGGACUUAUUCGGUGAAGCACAACCGCCACCCGGGCAGCCGAAUUCCAUGCAGGCAAUUCUCGCUCUGUACAUGUCCGGCGACGCCAACGCCGCUUUCGUCGCGAUGAUUCAGGGCGCAAUCGCCGCGGCACUAGCUGCCGCAGCAGGGAUGCCGAUCGACUCCGGGCAGAUUGUCGUCACUAUUACCGGGUCGACAACUCUUCCAAAUGGUAUGACGCAGAAGGAAGUCGACGUCGCGGUGAAUAUCAAAAAAUCAGAAGCGGGCACCGCGAAAGCUGCGGAAACACAAUCUACCGCAGUCGCAAACGUGAUGACCGCGGGGAACACGGAUUUUGCGGAGGAAUUAACCACGCAGGUAGCCGCAGUAGCGGAGGAAAAGGGCAUUGUCGUCGACACAACGGUCUCGAUCGCGCCACUGGUUGAAGCGGUUGUUGCUUUUGUCCAAGCGGUUGUGAUCACGAUCAUUACAACUACAACCACCACAACGACAACAGAGCUCACCACGGAACCGCCGGCAAUAGUCACGGAUCCGCCAGAAGUGGAGGAGGAGGAAGCGGAAUUAGUCCCGCCGGGGACAGAUGCGGCUUCCGCAACACUCAUGAUCAUCGUGAUGGCGCUGUUCGUUUCUGGUGGUUUAGCGGGUUACCGGCACCAGGUGAUGAAGAAGCGCGCGAAGAUGUUCCACGACAUGAUAGAAGACGCAUUUGAUGUCGUGUUCGAGCAGAAGACCCCGGAUAUUGAAAUCGUCCCCUGGGACAUCUUCAUAGAACCCUAUUUGGACGGAACCGAACCGGGGAUAGUGGAUAUGAUUCUCGGGAAAGGACCGAGGGAUCCGUUGUUGGAUGAUCCAAGCUUGUCACCGGAGUUGUUAGCGAUCAAACGGCUACAAGAACAGCACAAGGAAUUGCCGCAUGGGGAAAAUCACGGUAGUAGUGCACAUGCUGGUGGUCACAACUCCGACCAAUCUACCGCCGCGGGUUCCGCUACAGCGAGCGAUACCGAGUUCAACGCGAAAGCACACGACCCGAACGCGGGCGAUCAUUCCAUCUUGCACCACAAACCACCAAUCGCGAUCUACAACUUCAAAGUGUUAAUCCCGUUUCCAAAUGGUGAGAACUACCAGGGUGUGGGCGUGGACAAGAAAUUCUCAAGAUGGACGAAACUGAUCGACCACAAACUCGCGGAUAAAAUGCACCACGAGAAGCUGCAGAUGCAGAAAGCAUAUCUCGGGAAGCCAGAUCCGGAAAUCAAGUUCAUCGAUCCGCACAAGGAUUUACCGCUCGGGUUGUACAACAACGCGAAAGAAUUGUCUGAGACGAUUCUGGACCAGAUAGUCGACAAGGAUUCCCCACGGAACAUCCCCGACCCGUUAGUCGUGAAACGGAAGCUCGCGGAAUUAGAAGAGCGGAAAGCGAAGAGGAAAGCGGCGGAGGAAUACGAUAAAGCUCAUCACACCCACACCGCGCACCACGGAGAGGAUCUGGAAGCGGGUCAUGAUGAGGAUAAGGAAAUUGAGGCGAUUAACAAGCCGAGAGAGGGGUUGUUGGAAGUUUUAGAAGUCCACGUGAAGAUCGCGAUCGGCGAGCGGAUCCACAGCUACCGCGAGGAUGAGCAUGAGGAGGAAAGACACCAUCACCACCACAAGAGGAAGCACAGUAAAGACGACCAGAAAUCUCUCUCCGAGUCUUCCGAUGGAAAGCCGGGAAUCCACAUUGUUUCCGAUUUAGUCGACAUUUCUAUCGACGACUACGAAGUGGAAUCAGUAGAGGAGUUUGACUAUCCACUGCAAAAUUGUAUCGUACUGGUACUACUUCUACUUGCAUAUCGUGCAUGACAAAUCUCCAGAGUCUUAGCUGACUCAGCAUUACAAAUUCCAGGUUCUUUUUGAAAAAAUUUGUGAUGCAAGUUGUACUUAGUACGAUACAUUUGCCAUGCAUAUCGACGAUCCUGGCGAACUCCGCGGCAUCGCGUUGUUCCGCCACGCGGCGGAAAAGGCGAGAAGACAGUUGAGAGUCACGAAGGGGCAUAAAGCCGUCGUGAAUGACGAGGAAAGAUUGCAGUUGACCCAGGCACAGCGGUCCUUCGCCAACAUCGCGAGCAGUCUGAUGGAGCAACAGGGGAGCAAAAAGGGAGGCUUGCGGUUUUCCUCUUCCAUGCUCGUGAAGCAGCAGGAAGAGGAGGACCGGAUCAAACAGCAACAGAAAGAGAAAAGACGGGAGGAAAAACGGCAAAUGAAGGCCAUGAUGUCCGAUGAGGAAUUAGAGGAAAGAAGACAGUUGAAAAAGCAGAAGAAAAAGGACAAAAAGAGGAAAUCCAGCACUUCCGCCAAGAGAAAAUCCUCCGUCGCGAGUCAAGAUUCUAUGCUGUCGAUCGAAGACGGGACCGUGGACGACGCUUUUGACGAAAACGUCAAUGAGUUGAGAAACAUGACAAGAGCCUCGACGGAAAAAAAGCGGUCUAGCUCCCCCGGCCAGGCGAGGUUCGAGGACGUCGCCAGGCGGGACAGCAUGGAGAGUUUGGAUCCUGAUGUGCCAGUGGAAAGGUGAAGUGGGUUUUAGAUGAACAAAUGUAAGAGUUGUUGUUGAAAAUAACUCGAAAAGAAAAAGAUUCGAACUUUUUUAAUUCUUGCGAUAAGCAUACUUACUUAAAUUUUAAACGAUGUGAUGUGCGAAAAUUGAAAAUCAAAUCAUUGACAGAAUUGAUGUGCAGAGAUGUUUGUCAGAAAUUCUAACAGGAACAGCAAAAAUGGCUACAACUCCAUGUGAAAACAAGUGUGAACAACCUAAAUUUUUUUUUUGAAUCCUUACCCCCAUUAGAAUUAUCGUCUGAUAUCUUUCUGUCCUCUCUAUUUCUCUACCCCAUUUUUCUGUCCUCUCGAGAAUACAAAGCGAAAAAACUCCAAAACAGUCCUCAAUUUGAUCGAAAAAACGUCCUCAAAACUCAGAAAGAUUUACGUAUAAGCAUUACAUACUCUAUCCGAGAUACAACUCGUUAAGACUCAUCAAUUGACAAUUUCAAAAGCUCAUAAAUAUGAAUCACAAAGACUCUUGCCUACAAGCAAAAGUACCACGUCCUCACAGUGGGAAAUUGCUUCUGCGCAUGGUUUUUGUUUUUUCUCUUUCUGUGAAUUAGACUCGAAAAGAAUAGAUAACUGCAAGAUAUUGAAAAAAAUGCGAAAAGAAUUAAAAACGCCGGCAAUUUAUUCCAGCUUUUGGUUUGCCGGUCGUAAUAUCACGAUCUAAAAAACAGUGUCACCCAAAAAACCUAUGCAAAUCGGAACUACAGAGAAAAAGUACUACAAAAUCCGUAGAGACUGAAACUAUGCUCCAGAAAUAGCACAGAGUGGUUUGACCUAUCCAAGAUACAGCAAAUUCAAGCGCGAAGGUGGUGUGGGAAAAACUACACAAGAACUUCUGCCGCGAAAUAGUUUUAUCCAAGAUACACAAAACCGAAUCAAUCGCUUAAGUUGGCGUAUUUUUUUAGCUCUUCACAGGGAGAAACCGUUUCGAAUCUGUGCAAAUGAA